CGGCCCCGUCGACCCAAGCAAACAACCACUGACAAAGAAGCUUGACAAACACAAAAUCAAACCGCCAAAGUGCAUUCAGAACCGCCCGUCCUGGAUUCGCAACGGGAACUUCGCCGGUCCUAUCUGGCCGGGUCGCAGCCCAUCUCGAGCUUUGACGGGGCGUACAACUACAGAGACAGCGCCAUGAUGGCCUCAGGUGUCCCGCCCACCUCUGGGCGCAAGAAGCCACUCUUUUCAUCAGAGUUCCUCGCCUCGAAAUGGGCGAAGCUCUUCUUCCUCAUCGUUGGGUUGCAGGCCCUAAUCUGUGUCGCUUUCGAAUCAUACGUGUUUGGGAGAUUCCAGUUCAGUCUGGAGUACCAGGAGGAGUCGAAUCUCACUGACAGGCUAAAGUCACAAUACCGCACCAUCCCGACCUUUUUGACCCUAUUCAUCUUCGGCUUCCUCUACAUCCUAUUCCUCACAUGGGACGCCCUGCGGCUCAAGAACACCAUUCAGAUCAUCGGCUUAUGCGUGGCCAACCUGGCCAUUUUCGUCUACGCUAUCCUCCAGAUCGAUCAAAUCAACGGUUCGAUCGAUACGCUCCUGAAGAAUGGCGCCCUGAAGCCGGAUAAGGAAGACAGGAACGUGUGGGCGCUGUGCAGGCCCUUCCUGAUUGCCGUCCCGGCUGUGGUGGGCGUCGUCACUGCCAUCAUGGGUGGCCUCGCUUACCAGCUCUACCGAGAGUUUGCCUGGGAUAUCCUGAAGCAGAUCGGUGCCGACUACCGCAUGAAGAAGCGCUUCUUGCACUAUCAGAUUUAUAUUGCCCUGCUGAAGUUCGAUUUCUUCUUUUUCCUCGGCUUCACCGUGCAGUUCCUCGUCAUCGUCAACGGCCUGAACGACCUCGAACUGGGCCUGCACGUCGCCGCCAUCCCGAUCACCAUCGCCAUUCUUCUUUGCGCCGCCUUCUUUACCCGGCGUGAGAACCGGCUCGGCGUCGCCUUCGUCAUCCUUCUCUACUUCGGUGGCCUGGCCUAUUUCUUCUUCAAGCUGGUGCGCAUCUACCAGCCGGGCCACAGCCAGGACUACGACGCCGUCAGGCGGUCACUGACGGCAUUCGCCGUGCUCACCAUCAUCCUCAUCAUUCUGACCAUCAUCAAUGCCUUCAUCUGCAUGAGCAACUUCGGCGCCGGGCUCAAGGCCCACCUUCUCAGGCCCACGGCCCCCGAUCCGGAGAAGGAGGAUGCCAACUCGUACCAGAUGAACGACCAGCAGACGGCGCUGCCCACUCGGAUGACCAUCGAUUAAGCGAGUAUCUAGAUGAUAGGGAGGGAGUAAUACGGAAUUGAAUGGUGGAAACCGAAAAUAGGGCGGGGCGCAUCUCGCCUGCGCCAAUAACGAAAUUUACGACGACUCCGGAGUCUGAAACAAAACAACACCAGCUCCAAAGAGAGGGCCGAGGGAGGAGAGGCAUUUCCUAGGUUGUUUCACUUGUCAGCAGCGGAACAC